AUGUCGCAAGACUAUAACUAUGAUGACCAGGGACAAUUUUUCCCUUAUUUUAUCCUUACACUUUCAGGGCUGGUCCUCGUACCGCUCACUUACUCCACCUUUGCGCCCAAGCCGGGACUUUUAAAGACACCUCUCCUAAAAGACAACACCUACAAACCGCCUAAUAGCGACCUGAUCGAUGGUGCGCGCCGUCGACAGGCGAAGCGGGAGCGCCGCUUGAAGCGCUUUAUCUCUAUUGUUUUCGGAUGGGUGUUGUUUGCCUACAUGGUUUACCUCAUUGCUACUACCAAAAAUGCGGAAGGCAAGAAGAUCUGGGAUCCGUAUGAUAUUUUAGGAAUUAGCACAUCAGCCACUGAAAAGCAAAUCAAAUCUCACUACCGAAAGCUCUCUCUCAAAUUUCAUCCCGACAAAAUCCGUCCUACCGAGAACCAGACCAUUGAGAUGCUCAACGAGCAAUUUUCGGAGCUGACAAAGGCCUACAAAACAUUGACAGAUGAGGAGAUCCGCAAUAAUUAUGCUCAAUACGGUCAUCCUGAUGGAAAGCAGGCGUUUUCUAUUGGAAUUGCUCUACCCGUCUGGAUUGUUUCUGAAGGAAAUUCUUACUACGUUCUUGCUGUUUAUGGAUUAUUGUUCGGGAUAUUACUGCCAUACACCGUGGGCCGUUGGUGGUACGGAACUAAGAAGCACACCAAGGACGGUGUUUUGAUGGAGAGUGCUGGUAGUCUUUUUAGGGCUUACGAUGAACACAUCGACGAAAAAAAACUGGUAUCGAUCUUGACUGUCGGUGAAGAGAUGAAACAUAUAACUGGUGGCAAAAGAGAAAAGGAAUGGAUUGGAAGUGAAGAGGCAAUCAUUGAACGGAAAAUCCGCGAAGCAGGAGUACCUGAAAGGGAGCUUGCUGCAUUGCAAGAACUAGAUGGCUGGCAACGAAGAGCCUGUGGGCUUCUAUGGGCGUAUCUUUAUCGGGUCGAUCUGGGAAGCGAAAAACUUGAAAACGCAAAACUUGACAUUGGCCCUGCGGCAGUUGCGCUUAACAGGAGUUUUCACGCAAUCUCACUCGCUUACAGCAACACCCAACCAAUCCUUGCUUCUAUGUCUCUGAACCAAAGCCUUAUUCAAGCUAUCCCUCCUGAUCAUUCACCGCUUCUCCAACUGCCCAACUUCACCAACGAGAUUGUUGCUGCUGUUGAACAGGAUGGGGGCAAGAAUCACUGGACAGUUCAGCGCUUCAUGGCCACUCCUGAAGAGAAACGACGAAAACUUUGUGUCGGCAAGGGACUUCUUUCGGAAAAGCAAUAUGAACAGGCUAUUUACUUUGCCAAAAAUCUUCCUGCGCUUUCUGUAGAGGAUGCAUUUUUCAAAGUCAUGGGCGAAACUUAUAUCACACCCUCUAGCUUGGUACAAUUCGUGGUUAAAUGUAGAGUCAUCCCUCCCGGAUCUAAAGCACCCCCUGUCGACCCUAAGGAUCUACUGGACGAAGACCCUGAAGAAACUGAUGUUGAGGCCCUUCUUGGUCGCAAAUCCCGUUGGUCACAAUCGAAACAGGGCGAAGAAACCCCAACCACUCCAUUUGCUCACGCACCAUUCUAUCCUCGAGACUACACACCAAGCUGGCAAAUCUUCCUUGCAGACGCAAAGCAAGCCAAGAUGAUUGUUCCUCCUCAGGCUAUUACAGGCUUCGAGAAGAGCACUGAUAAUUUUGCUGUUCAAACAUUCAAAAUGCAGUUCCAGGCACCACCACAACCGGGUGAAUAUACAUUUGUGAUGCAUUGCGUCAGCGAUUCUUACCUCGGAGUCGAUACCAGACGGAGCGUGAAGCUGGUUAUUAGCGAUCCUAGUAAAGUUGAGAAGAUCAUUGAGGUAGAUGAUAUCAGUGAACCAGAAGAAGAUUCGAUUGCAGGCCAAAUGAAUGCUAUGCGUGGAGGUCCGGUUAAAAAGAAGAAGGUACCAAAAGACGAUGACUCAUCUGAAGACGAGGAGUCCGACACCGAUGGGGAGCAGGCUGCCGAGGAAAGCGAAACAGAUACGGACACGGACACGGACGAGGACUAA